ACCAUUGGCGCCCAUUCUCCUCCACCUCCCUUCUUGCACUUUUCUCCCCGCUGGAACUCCUCUCAUUCUCUCUCUCUCUCUCUCUAUAUACAUUCCCGGAAAAUGGAUCUUCUUAUCGACGAAAAUGACAAGGGCAAAGCACCAUCCGACGAAAUCCGUCGUCGUUUCAGUGUUCUUCGGGUUUUUCUUGGUUGCUCUCACGCUGGAUUUCUUAUGGGCUUCAUCACCCUCUUCCUCCACGUAUUUGUCAAUCGCCACCACCUGGGCUCGCCAGAAGUACCAGAUUGUCGUGCCCAAUUUCUCCAACGAUACUCAAAAGGUUAAGGAUGCUGCUGCUGCUGAGAUUAAGGAUGUUACUGAGGACAAUAACGGUCGAAGCCGUCAGAGGUUUUUGUCAGCGACGUUCGCGGAUUUGCCUGCUCGUACUUUAGAUUGGGAGCAAAUGCCAUCUGCGCCGGUGCCACGUUUGGAUGGGUAUUCGAUUCAGAUAAAGAACAAACUUUAUGUUUUUUCAGGCUAUGGAACCAUUGAUCAUGUUCAUUCUCAUGUGGAUGUGUAUGAUUUCUUGAACAAUACGUGGGUAGAGAAGAUCGAUACACCACCAAAUAUGGCACAUUCCCAUUUAGGAAUAGCUAGUGAUGGUAGAUAUGUAUACAUAGUAUCUGGGCAAUAUGGACCUCAAUGCAGAGGUCCUGUGGCUCAUGCUUUUGUUCUUGACACGGAGACUAAGAAAUGGGAGACUUUUCCGCCUUUACCAGCUCCAAGGUAUGCUCCAGCAACUCAGCUGUGGAGAGGCAGGCUCCAUGUGAUGGGUGGCAGCAAGGAGAAUCGUCACACGCCUGGGCUAGAGCACUGGAGUAUUGCUGUGAAAAAUGGCAAGGCACUGGAGAAAGAAUGGCGCACUGAAAUACCUAUUCCACGAGGAGGACCCCACAGGGCUUGUGUUGUAGUUGACGAUCGGCUUUAUGUUAUUGGUGGUCAAGAGGGUGAUUUUAUGGCCAAACCCGGUUCCCCUAUCUUUAAAUGCUCACGGAGGAAUGAGGUGGUUUAUGGGGAUGUGUAUAUGCUGGACAACGAGAUGAAAUGGAAAGUUUUGCCUCCUAUGCCAAAACAAGACUCCCAUAUAGAGUGCUCUUGGGUUUUGGUAAAUAACUCCAUUGUCAUCAUGGGAGGAACAACAGAGAAACACCCAUUUACGAAAAGGAUGAUGCUGGUUGGAGAGGUCUUCCAGUUCAACCUAAACACGCUGAAAUGGUCAGUGAUUGGGCGGCUUCCCUACCGUGUGAAGACUACACAAGCUGCUUUUUGGAAUGGAUGGUUGUAUUUCACUUCUGGACAGCGAGAUAGAGGGCCAGAUAAUCCGCAGCCGAGGCAAGUAGUAGGGGAGAUGUGGAGGACCAAACUGGAGUUGUCUUCUGAUUAGACUCAUGUACUGCAAAUAUUUCAAUGUAUGUUACCAUCAUAGGGUUAGCUUAGGAAAUUUGCCAGCCUUGAUUAAGAAUUAGGUUUCAAAUUAAAUACUGUAAUGUAAUAGUUAAAUGUACAAUAUGAGAGCUUUUAUCAGCUAGAUAUUUAGUUGUCAUAAUAUAUACAAUAUAUAAGACUUUUAUCAA